ACAGGGCUACCACAUACAGUAUGCAUUUCCCUCCAAUACAACAACUUUAAACUUCCAUGUAUUUGUAAUACACAAUUUUACUGCAGUACACAACAUACCGACCAACCCUCCUGUUUUCCAUGGGAAACUCACAUCGUUUGUUACAUGCCCUCCUGCUUAGUGUCAUGUAUUUAUAACUUCAAUUAGAGGGAAAAAAAACCCCUCUGGUACUGCAGGUGACAACAGUGACGGUAUUCACGCUUGAGUCGAGGAGUCUGCGAGCAUAUCGGGUCAGCAAUUUUCCAGGAAAUGUCCCUUAUUUUGAAAUUCAGAUGUUGAGAAAAUUAAACUAUAUUAAACAUUAAAACUGUUUUAUGUGCACAGAUGAUACACACUACAAGAAAAAGUUCCUUCCAGGAUGUAUAUUGUGUUGCUUUGUUUUGAACCUAUAGUGACCCGUCUGUCUCCAUGGCAACGACGCUGCCGCCAUUGUUGUUUUAUGGCCGCGAAACCACUAGCAUCUCUGUCCUGUUUCCGUGUGUGUGUGUGUGUGUGUGUGUUUUUUUUAAGUUGACUUAAGAAGUUCAGUCGUGUUGUUGUGGACGAUUUUUGUAAUCACACCCAAAACCGCACCGAACGGUAAGAUGACCUGCUGGCCUCCCGCUGCCUUCAAUGUGACGAGCAAGCUAACGCAACAAGCUAGCUUGCUAGCUAGUUUGGCUCGUGUUGAAAUGACGAUCUACAUCUCUUCUUUCGGUUAUAUUUUUACGCUAUAAAGGUUCAUGUUCCCCCCCCCCCCCCCACUGUGCAACGAGGACGUGGACUAAAGUCUUUCCGUAUCUGCUCUGCCGCCUUUUCCAAACAACCUCCAGCACCAGAAAGAAGAUGGUGUGUUCCCCACUCAAAAGCCUCCCACUGAAUUUAUGAGUUAUCCCACAAGAACAGCUUCAUUUAAACUUUGGUAGCCUACUCCUGUUAAUCCCUACCUUGUGCUGGUGGCGGGGUUUCAGCGGCCAAGUGAUCCAAGAAGCUAGGCUGCUCAGGACUUUAUGCCCCUGGUAGGAUCUCCCAAGGCAAAGGGGAAAUGAAUGUCUAGCAGGGAUUUUGCUCAAAGUGCAAAAUGGACGUUGACACGUUUGUGUUGUUUUCCUGCAGACUUUCUGGAGAUGUGACGUUUGUGCACGCAGAAAAUGACCGUAAGAAAACUUUGCUGAUCUCAAGUCAGCAUGACCCUCCAUCUUUGGCUCAUGUUUGUGAUCCUCAGGUCCUUCCUGUUUGGGGGCUGGCCGUCCCGCUGCCUGCUAUAGUCUUCAUUAGUGUCGCAGUUUACAUGCUCGUCUUGGCGCUCGGACUCUGGAUACGAUUUUGCCUCAAGGAGAGAUGUUCGCUGGCGUGUGACUCCUGCUGUCCAAACUUGUCAAUGUGGGAUCAGUGCUUCAAACUGGCACAGUCAUGUGACUGUCGCCUGCCCACGCUGCGCUCUUGUCUGAGGGACAGGUGCACGCCCCCCUCGUGUGGCAGGUGGGACUGCGCGUGCACGUGCCAGCCUCCUGAGUGCGACUCCUGCAACUGUCUCUGCUUCGAGAUCCGAAUUAAAUAGCAUUCACAUGUAAAAGGCGUUUGCCAUUCGUCCUUCGGCCACUAGUUGGCGACCAAGUUGCAACGACGUCAUACGGCUGCAUUUUUUAACCUUUUUACGUCCAUUGCUUGUUGCUUUUGAAAUUGUAACACUUUUGAUACGUUUUCUCCCCAUUAAACCCAAAUGCUUGCAAAUGUUCUUGUGUGUACUUUUGCAAAAAGAUUAACCACAUUGAAAGAUGAGAGAC